AUGCUUUCCUCCACGCAGCCUCUCGGCUCUGCGAGGUUCGCCGUGUUUUUUCUGCUGUUCUCGGGACUGGAGCGUGGAUCGGGGGCCCACGCUGGGACGUGCCCCCCUCCCUGCGUGUGUUCUGGAGAACUUGUGGACUGCGGUCGGGUGAAAAGGGGCCGAAUUCCAGAGACGAUCCCGGAGUGGACAGUCCAACUGGACUUGAGCCAUAACAGAUUGCAAGUGCUCGACAGGAAUCUGUUUUCCAAGCUACCCCAUUUAAACGAACUAAAGCUGAAUCACAACAGACUGGAUGCAGUACCAGACCUGGGUCCCUAUGCUUCCAACAUCACAACCCUCACUCUAGCAAACAACAGGAUCGCCGGGAUCUCCGUGGAGCAGCUCCGACCGUUCUCCUCCCUCGUGACGCUCGACCUGAGCAACAACAAAAUAGUGGAAAUCAAGGCCAGCUCCUUCCCUGCGCUGCCUCUCAAGAGCUUGUUCCUUGGUAAUAACCGUGUGUCAGCACUGGAGUUGGGCUGGUCCGCCAACCUGGCCAGCACUCUGCAAGUUCUCGAGCUCAGCCACAAUCGGAUCUCCAACAUCCCAGCAAAGAUCUUCCAGCUGCCCAACCUGCAGCAUCUGGAUCUGAGCAGAAACCAGAUUCGGCGGGUGGAGGGCUUGACUUUCCAAGAUCUGCCCACGCUGCGCUCGUUGAGCCUGCAGAGGAACCGCCUCUCGGGGCUGAUGGACGGAGCCUUCUUUGGCCUCAGCAACAUGGAAGUCUUGCAGCUGGGCUUUAACAACCUGACGGAGGUGAGCAAGGGCUGGCUGUACGGCCUGGGGGCCUUGCAGCACCUCCACCUGGAACACAAUGCCAUCAGCAGGAUCCAGCCUGACACCUGGAAGUGCUGCCAGAAACUCAGCAAGCUCAACUUGUCCUCAAAUCACCUGUCCAGGAUAGAGGAGUCCAGCUUUGACGGUCUCAGCAUGCUGGACGAGCUCCUUAUCGGGAACAACCGCGUGAGCUUCAUCGCAGGUGGAGCGUUUCGUGGCCUCCCGAACCUGCAGAUGCUGGAUCUCCAGAGUAAUGAAAUCUCCUGGACCAUUGAAGACAUGAAUGGACCUUUUUCUGCCCUCGAAAAGAUGAAAACACUAUUGCUGCAGGGGAACCAGAUUCGCUCGGUGACCAAAAAAUCCUUCUCGGGCCUGGAUGAGCUGCAGCACCUAGAUCUAAGCAACAACGGCAUCAUGUCCAUCCAAGCGAACGCCUUCUCCCAGAUGAAGAACCUCCAGGAACUGCGCCUGAAUACCUCCAGCCUCUUGUGCGACUGCCAGCUGAAGUGGCUUCCCAUCUGGGUGGCAGAGCAAACCUUCCUGCCCUGUGUCAAUGCCAGCUGUGCCCACCCGCAGAUGCUGAAGGGCAGGAGUGUGUUCUCUGUGCGCCAGGAGGAGUUCGUGUGUGAUGACUUCCCAAAGCCCAAGAUAACGGUGCAGCCAGAGACCCAGUCGGCCCUCAAAGGAACCAAUGUGACAUUCAUCUGUUCUGCCGCAAGCUCCAGUGAUUCCCCAAUGACCUUUGCCUGGAAGAAAGACAACGAGGUCCUGAACGACGCCGAGAUCCACAACCAGGCCCACCUCAGGGUGCAGGGGGACACGGAGAGUGAGACGGAAGUGACGGAGUACACCACCACGCUGCGGUUGCGGAACGUAGAGUUCUUCAACGAGGGGAGGUACCAGUGCGUCAUCUCCAACCACUUCGGGUCCUCAUAUUCCACCAAGGCUCGGCUGACAGUGAACAUUCUUCCUUCUUUCACCAAAACACCGAUGGACUUGACAAUCCGGGCCGGGGCGAUGGCAAGGCUGGAAUGCGCCGCCGUUGGUCACCCGUCCCCACAGAUCGCCUGGCAGAAAGACGGCGGCACCGACUUCCCCGCCGCCCGCGAGCGUCGCAUGCACGUCAUGCCGGAGGAUGACGUCUUUUUCAUCGUGGGCGUCAAGACGGAGGACAUCGGUGUUUACAGCUGCACGGCUGAGAACACAGCCGGUGCUAUUUCAGCCAAUGCAACUCUGACUGUUCUUGAAACACCCCACUUCGUGCGCCAGCUCAUCGAUCGCACCGUGGCCAAGGGCGAGACAGCCGUCCUCCAGUGCAUCGCCGGCGGGAGCCCUCCUCCGAGGCUGAACUGGACCAAAGACGACAGCCCCCUGGUGGUGACUGAGCGUCACUUCUUUGCCGCCGCCAACCAGCUCCUCAUUAUCGUCGACGCUGCGGAGGCGGACGCGGGGAAGUACACCUGCGAGAUGUCCAACGCCCUGGGCACGGAGAGGGGCAACGUUCGUCUGGCGGUCCUGUCGAACCCUAACUGUGACUCCGGAGGGCAGGGCGGCGCAGGGGUCGUCAUGGGGAGCGGACCGGGAGCGGACGACGAUGGGUGGACCACUGUGGGAAUCGUCAUAAUAGCGGUGGUGUGCUGCGUGGUUGGGACUUCUUUGGUCUGGGUGGUCAUCAUCUACCACACUCGCCGUCGGAACGAGGACUGUAGCGUCACCAACACAGAUGAGACCAACCUGCCCGCGGAUAUCCCCAGCUACUUAUCCUCCCAGGGAACGCUGGCUGACCGACAGGACGCCUACAUCCCGUCUGAAAGCGGCAGCAGCCAUCAGUACAUAGCAUCCUCGUAUGGCGGUUUCUACCUGCAGCCCAAAGACAUGAACGGUCUUUGUCAGCUGGAUACAGCAAGUGAAGCUGACAUGGAAGUGGCCAUCGAUCCUUUGCUCUGCCAUUACCAAGGCCCGAUCGGCUCGCUGCUUUGCCGAGAUAACGUCUAUCCUGACCCAUCAGAGGUCUUCACAGGUUUGUCCGUCGACCAAAAAGCAGUCGACAUGGAGUCCUACAGCGGCAGCUUGACUAAAUCCCAAAAGAUAGGCUACCCACUGCCCGAGCAUUUUGAUGUCCGUCCUUCUCCUCUUGUGAUGCCAAACGGCAGCUUGAAUCAAGGUCCCUCGACCCAGCAGAAGGACCGGCAGCCAACUAUGGAUGAGGCAGAUGGCCUUGACUGUGGCAAACCUCAGAAAUGUGUUUCUCCCAGCAACACGUUCAUGGGAACUUUUGGGAAAGCUCCUUGGACUCCACACAAGGAUCUUCACAUUCCGCCAUCCGUCACGUACCAUGGAAUGACGCUUCACGAGAACCCUUACACCGCUCUGGACGUCGACUCCGACCACGAGCAGAACAUCACCAAGGACUCGUUUUCAGAACAAGGGAGCUGCGUCUACGAGCAGCCGUACGACGGCUGCAGGACUGAUCCCUUCUCGCAGCUUAGGAUGAGCUCCUAACUAAUUGACCUUCCCGCUUUUCAUGAGGAGGAAAACCAAAAAGAAUGGGGAAAAAAAAGAACAUUUCUACCUCACUGAAUGGACGCUUUUGGCAAUAAAGGAUGUCUGUGAUGUGCAACAAAGUGAAUGUAAAGGACAGCUUCGUGCAAAAUAGCAGUUAUUUUGCUGAAAAAAGAUUCUGUUGAAUGACAUAGAUGAAUAUAUACAUUUUUAUAUAAAGUUUAUUGUAUUUUGUAAAUUGUUUAUAAACAGAUUUCAUUAUUUUUGCUUACUUCUUUUGUACAAAUACUUUGCCGCCUUGGCUUUCAGUUUAUGUCCGCUUUCGAUAAAGCAGUGUUUUGCACAUAUGUAAACAAUAAAAGACACCCAAAUGUGUACUGCCACAUUC